AUGGGGAGGUUAUUCCAUAGAUCGAGUGCAGCCAAGGCAAACGCGCGGUCACCUCUAGUCUUCAGCCGGGAUCUCGGCAGCAUCAAGAGUGACUGGGAAGAUGAUCUUAGUGCUCUAUUUAAUCUGCUCUUUCUUUUGUCAGAUGCUCAGAUAAGAUUAGUUAAUCCAGAUAAGUCUGGGUCAGCUCGUUGCUCUGGAAGAGUUGAAAUCUAUCACAACAACAGCUGGGGAACAGUCUGUGAUGAUGUCUGGGACAUAAAUGAUGCUCAGGUGGUCUGCAGACAGUUAGGCUGUGGACCAGCACUGGAGGCCCCCCGAUCAGAUCACUUUGGUGAAGGAAAAGGACAAAUCUGGCUGGAUGAUGUGUCCUGUUCAGGAAGUGAAAGUUCUCUAACUGAGUGUCAACACAGAGGAUUUGGUUUACACAACUGUAGACAUCAUGAGGAUGCUGGUGUCAUCUGUUUAGAUGCUCAGAUAAGAUUAGUUAAUCCUGAUAAGUCUGAGUCAGCUCGUUGCUCUGGAAGAGUUGAAAUCUCCUACAACAACAGCUGGGGAACAGUCUGUGAUGAUGACUGGGACAUGAAUGAUGCUGAGGUGGUCUGCAGACAGUUAGGCUGUGGAACUGCUCUGAAUGCCACUCGAUCAGCUCAGUUUGGUGAAGGAACAGGACAAAUCUGGCUUGAUCAUGUGGAGUGUUCAGGAAGUGAGAGAUCUCUAACUGAGUGUCUACACAGAAGAUUUGGUUCACACAACUGUAGACAUCAUGAGGAUGCUGGUGUGAUCUGUUCAGAUCCAAUAAUUCAAAUCCUGAGAUGUGUUUUCCUGCCACUGAUUCUGCUUUUGGAGAACAUUGCCCUUCAUUUCUACUAUAAGGUCAUCAAAAAGCAGAAAUCAGACAAAAAGGAGAACGAUGAGACGGAUGUUUCCAGAGCUGAAGAAGUGGAGGCCGACGAGGAAGCAGUCCAAGAAAUAGAAUAGAAUCGAAACAUAUAGAAACAAACACACAAGUCUAAACUUUUGUUGGAAUUUAGAUUAAAGUUGUUUAAAUAUUGUUUAAUUAUGUUUAUGUUUUAAAUGUCUGCCACAUUACUGCAGCGGCUCUAUUUAACCUGCCUUUCCUCUCCAGUAUAAACUCUGCAUGACUGUGACUUAAGUUUGAAAAUAAUCCUUCAUCCUCUCCAGUCCUCACUUUCUUACAUCUUCCUCCAUCUCUGCCAGUGAAGUUUUCACACAUUAAGACUUUUACUUCUCACUAAACUGUAUCUUUGGCUAACAGACAGAAUGUGUGUCAAUCUGCAAAUUAACAUGUUUUUAUGUUUGGUGAUAUUUUUGAAGUCUUUGAAUUCAUCUGCCAUUUAGUUCCUGCAUUUACAGCAUCCUAUUCUGUGGAACUAGCUAGAUGUUUCAAUAUUGUGAUUGCAACUUUACUGACAGCUGCAGCAUGGAUGUAUGACAGUGAUGAGAAGGAGAAAUACAGGCAGGGGCCAGUGGGACCCCCUCAGCCUCCUGGUAGAUACACCUGUGGUAUUGUUAUGACCCAGAGCUAAACAUAUCACACACACACCACUGCUUUACCUGGAUCAAUAUCAAAGUAUGACGUGUCCAAGUCUGCAUGGCAGGGUGACCACAAUACUACAUCAGGCUUUUAUGGCUGGGUGGCCAAGGGGUGACUUAACUGUGUCUGUGACAUCACCAACAAUGCCAAUUGUUGGUGACAAUGCUGUCAUUUUUCUGUAAAGCAAAUUUACCUUGCCUUUGGGUAUAAAUAAAGUUACCUUGACCUUGACCUUGACAACAGCUUUCAGCUGGCUUAUCUAAACAUGGUGUGCAGUGUGACCAUACAAUACUGGACAAGUGGAGGACAAGGGAAGAUGUUGCGGGAGUCAGAAACUACAGCAGAUGAACAGUUUCUGAAAGUCAUGUCAGUAAGAAACAGGAAAGCAUCCAAUAAACUUGACACAGGACCUGAGAGACGCAAUUGACUCUUCAGUUGAUCCAUCUACUGUUUGAUCAGAAGAAGUGGUCCCAGUGGAAGAGUGUCAUGGUCUUGGGUCAUGGACUCAGAGGUUUGAGUUUUAGGACUUCUUGUUUGUUUACUUUUUAUGUUUUGUUUUUGUUUCUCCUCCAGCAUUUUAAAAAGUACAGAUUACCUCUUCUUCUGGAACUUCUUGGUAUUUUCCUUUUGAAUUUAUGGACUUUGAUUUGUAGACCUUCA